CUCCCCUUUUAUGUCGACACCCAACUGUCUAUGUGUGUUCUUUAGAUAUUGGCUAUCUUUUCUCGUGUUCUAUAAAGAUGGUUGUUUUGGCUGCAGCAGUUGUUACAAAAAGUGGAAAACCUGUUAUUUCUCGUCAAUUUCGCCAGAUGCCACGUUCACGCAUUGAGGGACUAUUAGCAUCCUUUCCCAAACUAACAAGCACAGGACAACAGCAUACUAUUGCUGAAAAUGAACACGUUCGUUUUGUUUAUCAGCCAUUGGAUGAAUUGUUUAUUGUAUUGAUUACCAACCGUCAGUCAAAUAUUUUGCAAGAUAUUGAAUCGCUUCACUUGUUUGCUCGAGUUGUUACUGACAUUUGUCGUUCGUUUGAUGAAGCCGAUAUAUUCCGCAAUGCCUUUGAAUUAUUGUGUGCCUUUGAUGAAAUCAUAUCUGUUGGAUAUAGAGAAAACGUAAACUUGUUCCAAGUAAAGAGUUCUAUUGAAAUGGAAAGCCAUGAAGAAAGAAUUCAAGAAAUUAUUGCCAAAAAUAAGGAAGCAGAAGCUAAGGAAGAGCUCAAGAGGAGGGCUAAACAGUUUGAAUUGCAAAGAAAAGAAGCUCAAAAGAGAGGACAAGAGUUUAUGCAGGGAAAUUACAAGUCAGGCAACAGUGGUUUCGGCGGAGGCUUCAGUGGUCAGUUCUCUUCUUCUUCUUCAUUUGAAACAACAACAUCUGUUAGUGUUGUAAAAGAGAGCUACAGUCCUGUGGAAAGCAAUGUGGAUACACCUACUUCAAAACCAAAAGGUAUGCAAUUGGGUCGUAAGCCUAAGGCUGCCAAUCUUUUUGAAGCUAUAAAUGAAUAAAAAAAGAGAUUUUAUUAAGUUUUAAUGCAUGCAAAGUAUCAUGAUCUCUGCCUCAACAUCGCUUCAAGAGACAAUAUCCUGAAUCAUCGGCCUAGCAUUUGCAAAGUUCUUUUCGAACCGAAAGGCCCACAAUUCAUUCGCUCAUCAAAUAGCUCUUAAUGUGUAAACUGGGGUUCAGCUUUCUCAGCUAUAUUCUGAUAUGGUCUAGGCAAACUGGAGUACAGGCGUCAUGUGUGCUCUCUUUCUCUCUCGCGGCUAGAUG